AUGCCCCGCUCAAGGCAACCCGCUCGGUUCUCGAGCGAAGCUCCCUCCGAAUCCUCCUCCUCGACCUCCCCCGAUCGCACCGCCGAUGAUGACACCGACUUCUUCACAGCCCAGGCCAAUGAUUCAGAAUCCUCCGUGGGCGGUGUAAAUGGCCGGGAUUCUCAUGCAUAUUACGACUCAGAUCGGGCCCUGCCGCCCAUCGGACGGUUGCCUCCGGAGAUCUUAAUCGCCAUCUUCGCCAAACUGAGUUCGCCAGCCGAUAUGAUGAGCUGUAUGCUGAGCAUCAGCACCACUGUGGGCAAGCCAAACAGCUUCUUUCCUUACUCGGACUUAAUCAAGAGACUGAACCUGUCCGCUCUCUCGGGCGACGUCAGCGAUGGAACGGUCAUGACCUUUGCUCAGUGCAACCGGAUCGAGCGAUUGACGCUGACCAACUGCUCCAAACUGUCGGACACCGGCGUGUCAGACCUGGUGGAAGGGAAUCGCCAUCUACAAGCGUUAGAUGUGUCGGACUUGGGGCAUCUCACCGACCACACUCUGUACACGGUGGCUAGAAACUGUCCCCGGCUCCAGGGGCUCAAUAUCACGAACUGCACCAAGGUGACGGACGACUCCUUGCUUGUCGUGUCUCGUAAUUGCCGACAGAUCAAACGGUUAAAAUUGAACGGAGUCGCGCAAGUCACGGACAAAUCCAUUCUGUCGUUCGCUCAGAGCUGCCCGGCCAUCCUGGAGAUUGACCUUCAUGACUGCAAGCUCGUCACCAACAAGUCGAUAACUGCCUUGAUGGCGACACUGAAUAAUCUCCGCGAGCUACGACUGGCCCACUGCACCGAACUCGACGAUAUGGCGUUCCUGGAGCUGGCACCACAUAUUACUUUGGACAGCUUGCGCAUUCUGGACUUGACAUCCUGCGAGAAUGUCAGAGACGCUGCCGUUGAGCGUAUUGUGGCAUCGGCGCCGCGCUUACGGAACCUAGUGCUCGCAAAGUGUCGGCUUAUCACGGAUCGCGCAGUUUGGGCCAUUUGCAAGCUCGGCAAGAAUCUGCACUACGUCCACUUGGGACACUGCUCCAACAUCUCCGAUGCAGCCGUUAUGCAGUUGGUCAAGUCCUGCAACCGUAUCCGGUAUAUCGACCUGGCGUGCUGUACCCGUCUCACGGACGCAAGUGUGCAGCAGCUGGCUACGUUACCCAAACUCCGGCGUAUCGGCUUGGUCAAGUGUGCCAACAUCACGGACAACAGCAUUCUAGCCUUGGCGGGUCCCAAGGCUUCCCACCACUCCGCAGGAAUCAGUAGUCUAGAGCGGGUGCAUCUCAGUUACUGCACUUUCCUCACGCUCAGAGUAUGUGGUCGAACGAUGGCUUUUCUUUUGUCUUUGUCUGGGAUCAUGCUAACUGGCCGCAGGGAAUCCAUGCACUCUCUGACGGGGGUCCAGGAGUUCUAUGCGCGAAAAGAAUUGACCGAGUUCUGCCGUGAGGCGCCUCCCGAGUUCACGCCCCAACAGCGCGACGUGUUCUGUGUAUUCAGCGGCGAUGGCGUGAACCACUUGCGUAACCAACUGAACCAUAUGAUUCCCCCUCCACCGCCGCAGGACAUGACGGAAGCAACCAUGUAUGAUGACGACGAAGAACUGGACGAGGAUGAGGGCCAGGUGACUGGCCUGAUGCGCGCGACGGCGGCCACGGCGAUUAACGACGAUGAUUACAUUGACAUUGGACAUACACCCAAGAGAGAGAGAGAGAUGGCUACCCCGCGCGGCAAUCCACUGGCCUUCACGCGGUGGCCCGUGACUCUCAUUACGACCGCCGUCUACCUCGCCUUUGUGAUCCCCCUCCUUGUCGUCCACCACGUGCUCCCCUCGGCACCCAGUGCAUCCUCCACCCCCAACGGUCUCGAUCUCCACGAAGCUUGGGCCGAUCUGCAGGUCCUGACCAACGGGUACCAUCCGUAUAAUUCGCGCCGGAACGACGAGGUCCGAGAUUGGCUUCUCCGCCGAGUGAAGGAGAUUGGCUUCCAUGAGCCUCCUACGAUCUACAAUGCCGACGACGAAACUCGACCCACCGUCUACAUCUUCGACGACAACCAGUCCAACCUCUCCUUCGUCGGUAAUACCCUCAAGUCGUCCAACACCGCGGUCUACUUUGAAGGCACCAACCUCCUAGUCUACAUCCGUGGGGAGGAUGAUGAUGAUGUUGACCUGGUUCUGGGGUCGGAGGGAGGAAGCGGAGGUGUGCUGGUGAACGCCCACUAUGACAGCGUCUCCACCGGCUAUGGCGCGACGGAUGACGGGGUCGGCGUCGUCACCUGUCUUCAGUUGAUCAAGUACUUCACCACCCCGGGCCAUGCCCCGCGUCGCGGCUUGGUGGUGCUCUUCAACAACGGCGAGGAGGAUUUCCUCAACGGAGCGCGCGUGUUCAGCCAGCACCCGCUGUCCAAGUUCACUCAGACCUUUCUGAACCUGGAGGGGGCCGGCGCCGGUGGCCGGGCGAUCCUGUUCCGAGGCAGUGACACCGAAGUGACGAGGAACUAUAGGCGCGCGAAACACCCGUUCGGGUCCGUGUUGGCGGCCAAUGGGUUUGAGGUCGGCCUCAUCAGUUCCCAGACGGACUAUGUCGUGUUCGAAGGGGAUCUGGGCAUGAGGGGCUUGGAUGUCGCGUUUAUGGAGCCUAGGGCCAGAUAUCAUACCGACCAGGAUGAUUCGAGGCACACGACUGUGGAGAGCCUGUGGCACAUGCUGGAGGCGGCGGUGAAGACGACCGAGGGGCUGGUCAGUGAUGAUAGUAGCGAUGGUGGGAAGAGAGGAUCGCGCGGAGUGUGGUUCGAUCUCUUCGGAGCGACCUUCGUGGUGUUCCAGCUGCAUACCUUGUUUGCGCUGUCGGUGACGAUGCUCAUUGUCGCGCCCCUGGGCUUGUUGGUCACGAGCGUUGCCCUGAGCAGGGCCGACAAGAUGUACCUGUUCCGGUCCACGGUCAAGUCGUCGCUCGACGAUGGGGAGGCCGUGUCGCUGCAGGGACUGCGCGGGUUCUUCCGGUUUCCCUUUCUGUUUGUGAUCCCGACGGCCGUCACGGUUGGGUUGGCGUACCUGGUGACCAAAUAUGCGGUGUGGGGCAUGAUGCUGUCGGCCUGGACGUUUCUGGCCUGGUUCGUGUCGCGCGUCGCCGACUUUGCGCGUCCCUCGGCCUUCCACCGCAUCUAUACCUUGACAUGGAUGUUUGUGCUCGCCUGGAACCAGUGGGGUCUGGCUGGCGGGUAUUGGGUCUUCUUCUCCUUCUGUGGCACGUUCCUGGCCACCUGGAUCUCCUAUAUGGAGCUGUUCGCCCUGCCUCGGAAGUCAGAGUACGCCAGUCACAGUUAUGGCGGCAGUCGACUGGGCACAGCCUCGGGCGAGGAACACACCUCGGAGCACGACGGAGACGAGCACGUCGAUUCCGACGACGAGCAACCCACCGAGUCGACGUCUCUGCUGGGGGGCGGCCAGCGUACGACCUUUGCCAACUACGUGCGCGUCACGGGGGAGCAUGAGGGCCACGACGAACCCAGUGACCCGCACGUCUACGGCCACGAGCAACGCUGGAGCGCACACCUGCCGAAAUGGACCUGGGUGCUGCAAUUCCUGCUGACGGCACCGAUUGUGCUCAUCAUGGUCGGGCCCCUGGCGUUGCUGCUAACCAGCGCAUUGCAUCAAACCGGCCAGGACGGCACCCUGACUACCUUCCUUCUCACCCCGCUCCUCCCUUACAUCCAUCGCCACACAUAUCAUAUCCCUCUGUUCUUGCUGGCGAUUUUCUUGGGGUGCCUGAUCUACAACCUGGUCGCGUUCCCGUUCUCGGCGUCCAACCGCCUGAAAAUCUUCUUCCACCAGGAGAUCAACCUCGACACGGCCGCAACCAACGUGGCUCACGCGCUCCCAAGCGUCCACGGCCAGGAGCUGUGCUCCUGGCCCGGUCCCAUGCCAGAUGUUGUGCCCUCGGCGCCCGAGGACUACAAAUCCUGGCUGACCUUCAACGUGUCCGCCACGGAGUUCUCCUCGCAUUCCGCGGAGCAGGGCGACAACCUCCAAACCGCUCAGAUCCAACUUUCCGGCCUGAACACUCGCGCCUGCAGGAUCACCUUCGACACCCCCAUCUCCUCCUUCAGCGUGGCCGGCAGCGCGUACGACCCCCGCUUCCCGCACACGUCCCCGCUGGGCACGCAGGAGAUCCGCCUGUGGAGCCGCGAGUGGGAGAAUACCUGGACCGUGGACGUGGAGUGGACCGUGCCCCCGCCGUCCCUCGCGCCGCCCACCACGGAGGUCGUGACCGAUGCCGCGUCCGGCGAAGAGUACGUCCUCGUCGACUCCCUGUCUUCUUCAGCUGCAACUGGCGACGUCGAUGAGGAGAAGGCCAAGUUGAAAGGACGGGUCGUCUGUCUCUGGAGCGACCACAAUCGCAUCGGAGCCAUCCCCGCCCUCGACGAGGUGAAACAGUAUGCGCCGGUCUGGGUGGCUGCCACCAAGUUCUCGGAUGGGUUGGUGGAAGGGUAUAAGGAAUUCGAGAUUUGA